AUGGAGCUGCUAGCUCGAGAAACUGAGCGGAAGAAGGAAGGGGAGAGGGAAGGAAGGAGUGCAGUAGAGAACUCCGCAGACAGCCGAGACGAUAGGGUUGUGAAAAUGCUAGAGGAGAUGCGGAGGAAUCAGUUGAAGCAACAUGCUGAUCUCAUCAUGGCGUUGAAGGAGAUUACUGCUGCUUCAAUUUCGCGGAGCGAAGCUAGUACUGGUGGUGAAGGGCUGAUAGUGAAAGCUGGUGGGGUUGUGAUGGAUGGUGUAGAUGAGGAGGAGGAGGAGAGAGGAGUGGAUAGAAGUGUAGUAGUGGCGACUGAGUCGACAGCGGUAGGCAGUGAGGCAGCGGCCGAUACUGCUGAGUCUGGGGAGAAGAAGGACUUAGAAGGAGUCGUUAGAGAGAUGGAUGAUAGGAUGAAGGGCACUGCUAAGAUGCUCUUGGGGAAUCUGGUGAAUAAUCCGAAAUCGGAUAAGUUCAGACGAGUAAAUUUGCGAACCCCUCGAUUCCAAGCGCAGCUCGAUACGGGAUCAGCUGCGAGGAAGUUGAUGGAAGAAGUUGGAUUUAAGGAGGAGGGGUCCUAUCUUGUAUGGAGCCCGUCGUCGAGUGAGGGAGAUUGUGAGGACGAGUUGGGUGAUGUGAAGAAGGCUCUAGCGUUGCUAUCAGGCGAGGUCAAGGAGGAUGGGCCCAAUGGUACGAGCACCAGGGAUGCUGAGAAGACCUACCCACCAUGGAUGUCUACCGCUGUAGCAGCUACUACUACUACCACUACUACUGAGGUAGCAAAAGGGGGAUCGAGCAGUGGCAGUGAGGAAGGUCUUGCGGAGGAGGAAGAGGAUGAUGAGUUUGGGGAAGAGGGGAGGGUUAGGGUGGCACCAUGCUGUGGAGAUCCGAUACUGCGAGUGGUGGUGGAAAUAAGCCCAAGCCAGCCUAAGGGUAUCAUCCUGGUCCGUGAGGGGGACGAUGUGGAGGAGGUAGCUGAGCAGUUCCUCAUGGACAACGACUUGCCGUUAGAGCUAGCGGGGCCGCUUGGGGAGAGGAUACGGGAGGACUUACGCAUGAUGGGUCGGGGGCCGAGCAGCAGUAGGAGGAGCAGUAAGAAGGAGGAGGAGGGGAGGGAGGAGGAGGAGGGGGAUAAGAUGGAAUUCGACUUGCGCGGGUUGGACCGGCGUUCUUCGGUUCUGGACGAGUCCGUACCAUCUCCGGGUGAAGAUUCCCCACCACGAGGGGUCGCCCCCCGUAGAAGGCUUCUAACUGCGCCUGCUGCUGUUGCUGCUGAUCCUCCCCCCACUAUAGUGGUGAGAUUGCCAAAGAGGCGGCGUUGGCUUGAGAUGCUCUUCUUGCAAGGACAGCAGUGGAGGAGGGAAGUGGAAGAGGAUAUUUGCCAAACUCCACGACCAUGCUGGGACGAGGCAACGAAGGCUAACUCAGCUGAGAGAGCAGCGCGACUCGUCUCCACGGCGGUCGUCUUCGUCGAAGGAAGGGAUGACAGGCCACCGGGACAUCGCCUCCACACUAUGCAUGAGAGGUGGGUGGCGGAGGAGGAAAGGAUCAAUAGGAAACUUGAUCCGCUUGCAAGGAAAAUCCGACAUCUUGUGGACCUCCAGAGGGACUACGUCGCGGAGCGGGAAGAGGCGGAGUUGAGAGGCGCUACAUUCAAGCCAGCUAUUGGUGAAAGUCAGAGGAUGUGUCCAGGGGUGAGCCGGCUGAACGGCUCGAAGGCUGCCUCGGCUGAUGAAGCGACUGAGCAGAGGUGGAAGAGGAGGGAGAGAACAGCGCAGUUGCGAGGGGAGAUAGAGAGGCAGCGGAUGGAGGAGUGCUCCUUUAGACCGCAUAUUAACUCGAAGUCGUCACUCAUCGCCCAGAGGAGGAAUCCCUUCCGGAAGAGUCCAUUCGAGAUGCUCUAUGAAGAUGCUUCCCAGAGGAGGGAGCGACGGGUAGAAUGGGAAAGCUACCUGCCAGAGGGGGUAACAUUCGCGCCGAAUAUUGGCAUGGCGCAUGAUCGGCCAUCGAGGGAUGGGAGUAGGGAGAUGUUCUUCAAGAGGCUCUCAUGCAGGAAGGACGCGUCCGCUCCCGAUAGUGACUCUUCUUUAACACAUGGGGGCGGCCGUCACGGACUAAGGCGAGCGACUGCUGCUAGUGAUGAGAGUCUUGAAGGAAGUCCCCCUAGAGAGCGCUUGUUGUUUGACUCACCACCGGCAGCAGCACGGACAGCUGGUCGGUCUAAGGCCCAACGGAGUGGUUCAAAGCUGCUGAUGCCACAGCGGCGGCGACCAUCGGGUGAUAUUUUCAACAGGUUGUAUUGCGAGUCUGUGGAUUUGAGGAGGAGAGCGGCUGAGUCCGAGUCGGCUGCUGUGAAGGCAGCGAAGGAAUUGUCCUCUGAGGCUAAAGCCCUGAGUCGAAGUAGGGAGAUAUUGGAACAGAGGAGGAUGGAGAAGUAUGAGAGGUUGUAUGCAGCUCUGGGAGAUGGAAACGUGCCACCAGUGACUGUAGGUGUACCCCAUGCGGAGGAUCCAAGUGAGUGGAUUAACCCCAUGACACUGAAUAAGGCUGGCCUGGACGACUCUGGAGAGAUGGAAUUGGUAUCACAUAUUGUAUCCUACGUAGAGGAGUCGGGCGAGCCGGUAAGCCUAGAGAACUUCAUCGCGGCAAUCGAUUAUAAACUUCGCCUGUCUCGGAAGCCCUCCAGCCAUCUGUUUGUGUCCACUAGUGCGAGGGAGAGGAACUCCAAGUGGGAGGUGCAUCCAGAGGAAGCGGCUCAUACGAUUGUUGUUAAUCUACUAGAUUGA